UGUGUCUUGUUGGAAGAGAAGCUAACGGUGUGUACAACAGCUGCAGCUCGAGGAGCGGAGAAGCUUGGUAACGACUAACGAGCCCUCGUGAAGAACAGUCGAGAACAGCGUCAGGAGAGACACCAUGCCUCGUGUUUAUAUCGGGAGACUGAGCUAUAAUGUACGCGAAAAGGACAUCCAGAGAUUCUUCAGCGGAUAUGGAAAGCUCAUGGAAAUUGAUUUAAAAAACGGCUAUGGGUUCGUGGAGUUUGAGGAUAACCGGGACGCUGACGAUGCCGUGUAUGAGCUGAACGGGAAGGAGCUGUGCGGAGAGCGCGUGAUCAUCGAAAACGCCCGGGGACCACGGCGAGACCGGGACCGGGACCGAGACCGAGACGGCCACGGUGGGGGUUACAGGGGUGGUGGGCCCAGUAGCGGUUACAGCAGCCGGAGCCACACUGGAAGGGAUAAGUAUGGACCCCCUGUCCGUACUGAGUACCGUCUCAUUGUGGAGAAUUUGUCCAGCCGCUGCAGUUGGCAAGACCUCAAGGACUUCAUGCGUCAGGCAGGAGAGGUGACGUAUGCAGAUGCCCAUAAGGAACGCACGAAUGAGGGUGUAAUCGAGUUCCGGUCCCACUCGGACAUGAAAAGGGCCAUUGACAAGCUGGACGGUACAGACAUUAAUGGGCGCAAGAUUCGCCUGGUGGCGGACCGGCAGCGCAAGCGCAGGUCUGACCCUGGCAGCCGCUCCAGGUCUCUUAGUCGCCGUCGUUCCCACAGCAGGAGCUCCAAGAGUCGCUCCAGAUCCCGCUCGAGGUCUGGUUCCCGUAGCAACAAGAGACGUGGCCAGUCCCGUUCCAGGUCUGGAAGAAAGUCUCGCUCCAAGUCGGGAGAAAGCAAAUCCCGAUCUCGCAACCGCAGGUCCCUUUCUUGCAAAUCCAAAUCACGUUCUAACUCCCGCAAAUCCCGGUCUGGUUCUGCUGAGCGAAAAUCCAAAUCUCGCUCAAAGAGUCAUUCAAAGGUAAAGUCGGAGCGAGGUUCUCGCAGCCCAUCCAAGGAGAUGUCUGUGGACAAGAAGUCCCGCUGUCGUUCCGCCUCCCCACUGGAGAACGGGAAGGAUGAGCAUGUUGCCAAACCUGCCUCCCGCUCCCCAACCCCACACGAGGACGACCGCAGAUCCAAGUCCAAGGAGAAGAGCUCUCCGUCCCUCUCAAGGUCUCGCUCUCGUUCUAGAUCGGCUUCUCAGGAUUAGUGGAAAAAGAAGAGGGAGAUGAUUCUCUUGUUGUCAAGCCUCAUCCCUAUGUUGUACAUACUGAGCAGUGUCAUAAUGGCUUAUGCUUCCUGGCUUGUCUACUUUUCUCCUUCAAGUUUGCACUUGUCCUUAACAUGUUUUAUUAGAGCAUGCACCACAGUGGUGGCGUUUUCCUUUUGCAAUCAUGAAUGGUUUGCCUCACAAAAAACUGUUUCUCCUCCCUUUUCUUUAACAAAAGCUGAAGUGCUAGUCUUCAUAUAUUUAUAUCAGCAACCUAAUAUGGUGCAAGUCCCAAACAUUUAAUCUUGGUUGGUAAAAUAUAUUUUUGUUUCAAAGAGAACUGUUUAGAGUUUGGCAAAAAUGUCUUAUGAAUUGUAUUUAAAACAUUGAUCAUGCAUCUUGGUUUGCAACAGCUUUUUCGUUUGGUAGACCAGUUAAUUUAAUAGCAUUGUUGGCGUCUGGCGCAUCCAGCAGGCAUUGUUUGUUGCAAUAGUUUCGUUUGAUAUUAAUUCGAACUCCAUGGUUGUGGGAGAAAAAGUAGCGUUUAGAAAAAAGUAACAGCAUUGAUGCACUUACUUUUUUCUGAGCUGCAUUCUCAAUUGCUUUCUCAAGGAAUCGCUAAUCUGUGUGUUGUCUUGCGGCACUCUAAAAUGCACAACUGGGAUGCAACUUGAACUGCAAACUUACAAUAAAUCAUAAGGGGUUUGUAUUUCAUGUUUAAACAACUUGCAUUGUAGGUGGCCUAUUACGAUCCCUUUCUAACCUCUUUUUCAUAGACUGUUUAAUCUGCAUCAAAACCGGAUUUCUUCCACUCCGUUGCUACCAAUGUUUGGGUUUUUUGUAACCCUGAGCACUAAGAACCUUUUUCAGUUUGCCUAAAGUUCAAGGCAUCAAAUGCACUGUUCGAUUUAAUACGCUUUGCUCAUUUGCAGCCCUGAAAAAAGUCAAUUUCGAGAAUGGGGGGGUUAAGGUUUUUUUUGUUUUUUAAGCCACCGACAAUUGUGCAAAACUUGAACUGGAGUUCUUGUUCUUAAGAGGUACAUCCUUCGAGGCUCCGGAGGAUUUGGUUGUGGGUUUAUACUAACACCAUCAUAUUUACUAAAUGCAUCCCCUUCUUCAUCUUGUGGAAUAAGAUUCACGUUUUUUUUCACAGACUUUAUGGGAAAAUGCCCUUUUUAUUGUAUGAUCAAAUAAAGCUCUUAAUGAGAAACUU